CUCCCACCAGCAGCCUGCUGAAGUGGGAUCCGCACCGGAGGGCUCAACAGUUCAACUCUCGACGAGCGCAGAGAGGAGGACUCAGUCCGAGGCAGAAGAUGUGAAGAUAAGCACCGUGUUACAGCGCCGCGACUCCGCUCCAGCAGCUCGGGUUUUUUUUUUUUUUUUCCACGUCUCGCCGGGGGACAAGUCAUUUCUAGUAAAUGCACUUUGCAGCGGCGCCACACUCUCGAUUUUCUUUUUUCUUUUUUUUAAUUUUUCGCAUCUGUGAGCGACCGCUAUGGCAGUUCAGUUCACAUCCGGGCCACAAUGCCUUGACUCCAUUAUUGUCUAAAACUGGCGGAGAGGUUCAUAAACCUUGUUAUUUUUUUACAGUUAACCACACAUUUUGACUACGCGCAGUGAAGGCUGGGACCGAGAGGAGAUGUCUAACCAAGGAGUUCGGCGGAAUGGCCCCGUGAAGCUGCGACUAACAGUCCUCUGCGCCAAAAACCUGGUGAAGAAAGACUUCUUCCGCCUCCCUGAUCCCUUUGCCAAGGUUGUCGUGGACGGUUCAGGGCAAUGCCACUCGACAGACACUGUGAGGAACACACUUGACCCCAAGUGGAAUCAACACUAUGACCUAUACAUUGGGAAGUCAGAUUCUAUCACCAUCAGCGUGUGGAAUCACAAGAAGAUUCACAAGAAGCAAGGGGCUGGGUUCCUGGGCUGCGUCCGCCUUCUGUCCAACGCUAUCAACCGCCUUAAAGACACAGGCUGUAAGUACCAGAGACUGGACCUGAACAAGCUGAGUCCCAACGACAGUGACACAGUCAGAGGCCAGAUAGUGGUGAGUCUGCAGUCGAGGGACCGGAUAGGCACAGGAGGCCCUGUGGUGGACUGCAGUCGGCUGUUUGACAAUGAUCUUCCAGAUGGCUGGGAGGAGAGGAGGACAGCGUCUGGACGGAUCCAGUACUUGAACCACAUCACACGCACCACACAGUGGGAGAGGCCUACCAGGCCUGCAUCAGAGUACUCCAGCCCUGGCCGGCCUCUCAGCUGCAUUGUGGAUGAAAACACACCCAUUAGCACGAAUGGGGCCACGCCCACCACAGCGUUGCCGACCAGUGGCGGGGACCAGCGGGCCCAGGAGAGACGGGUCCGCUCCCAGAGGCACCGCAACUACAUGAGCAGAACCCACCUGCACACGCCACCUGACCUCCCUGAGGGAUAUGAGCAGAGGACCACGCAACAAGGCCAAGUGUACUUUCUCCACACUCAGACAGGUGUCAGCACGUGGCAUGACCCCAGAGUACCCAGAGAUCUGAGUAAUGUGAACUGUGAGGAACUGGGUCCUUUACCUCCUGGAUGGGAGAUACGGAACACCGCCACCGGGAGGGUUUACUUUGUCGACCACAACAACCGAACCACACAGUUCACAGACCCGCGCCUCUCCGCCAACCUGCAUCUAGUCCUCAAUCCGAGUCCCAAUGGUUCUCAUAGAGGCAUAGAAAGUCAGAAUGUCAGUCGUCAGAACCAGCUGAAGGAUCAGGCCCAGCAGGCUCUGGUGUCCCCCGGUCAGCUCCCAGAGGAGGCCGAGUGCCUCACGGUGCCCAAGUACAAGAGAGACCUUGUUCAGAAGCUCAAGAUCCUCCGCCAGGAACUGUCCCAGCAGCAGCCUCAGGCUGGCCACUGCCGCAUCGAGGUGUCCCGUGAGGAGAUCUUUGAGGAAUCAUAUCGACAGGUGAUGAAGAUGAGGCCGAAGGACCUGUGGAAAAGGCUAAUGGUGAAGUUUAGAGGAGAAGAGGGGCUGGAUUAUGGAGGAGUCGCCAGGGAGUGGCUCUACCUGCUGUCCCAUGAGAUGCUGAACCCGUACUACGGCCUGUUCCAGUACUCACGUGAUGACAUUUACACACUGCAGAUAAACCCAGACUCUGCUGUCAACCCUGAGCACUUGUCAUACUUCCACUUCGUCGGGCGUAUCAUGGGGAUGGCGGUGUUCCAUGGCCACUACAUAGACGGAGGCUUCACUCUGCCCUUCUAUAAACAGCUGCUGGGUAAACCCAUCACCCUGGAUGACAUGGAGUCUGUCGACCCCGACCUGCACAACAGCCUUGUGUGGAUCCUGGACAACGACAUCACAGGUGUCCUGGACCACACCUUCUGUGUAGAACACAACGCCUACGGAGAAAUCAUCCAGCACGAGCUCAAGCCCAAUGGUAAGAGCAUCCCCGUCACCCAAGACACCAAGAAAGAGUACGUUAGGCUCUACGUCAACUGGCGCUUCCUGCGAGGCAUCGAGGCUCAGUUCUUGGCUCUGCAGAAGGGCUUUAACGAGGUCAUCCCCCAGCACCUGCUGAAGGCAUUUGAUGAGAAGGAGCUUGAGCUGAUUGUAUGCGGCCUAGGCAAAAUCGACAUCAAUGACUGGAAGUCCAACACACGGCUCAAACACUGCACCCCAGACAGCAACAUUGUGAAGUGGUUCUGGAAAGCCGUGGAGUCGUUCGAUGAGGAGCGCAGAGCCCGGCUGCUGCAGUUUGUCACCGGCUCUUCCAGAGUUCCCCUGCAAGGCUUCAAGGCGCUCCAAGGUGCUGCUGGCCCACGGCUCUUCACCAUCCACCAGAUUGAUGCCAGCACCAACAACCUGCCCAAAGCCCACACCUGUUUUAAUCGGAUCGACAUUCCUCCCUACGAGCACUAUGACAAACUAUAUGACAAGCUGCUCACUGCCAUUGAGGAGACGUGCGGCUUUGCUGUGGAGUGAGUCACUGAUGCCGGCAGAGCUCAGCAACAACCAGAAGCAACAUGGUUUGGCCAUGAUGAGCCUCCCCCCCCUACAAAUCAGUCCACUCAGACGGGGGUCAUCCACGGUUGCUUCACCUAGGGACGCCCAUACUUCCCCAGGACAUGUGGCCAAGCUAAGGGAGGAUGGGCAGAGAAGACCAGAACAUGUCACCUGACUGUUUUUUAUAGAGCCUCCAGCCCUACUUUGUCUUUUUUUUUAUAAUUGAAAAGGAUCUUUAAGCUGCUAAUAACUCAAGACUAUUUACUAACUUGUGGAGCCUGCAAGUAUUGCUGGCUCUUCCCUUUUUUUCUAAGUUCAUUUUAGCAUUUAAAAAAAAAAAAAAAACAGACUGUAUUCCAUGUAGCAACGCUCCAUCUUACCAAGCAGAACACAAGGUCAGUCCACUCUGAAAACAAGACAUGAACAGGACAGGGUUAGUAAUGGUUACCACAACAGCUUGGAAACACUAAAUUCGGAUGCAGAGUGUGGUGAAUCGGGCUGUGUGGUUCCUCGGAGUUAUCACACUGGGGCUAUCAGCAACGCCAAGGCUGGAAAAACAGGGAUGUGUGCGGGUGAGAAAGGCAAGACUAGAGACUAGAUUAGCCCGACUGUUUACAACCCUCUCCAAAGACAGCAGCAGGGACCUCUGCUACUGAGUCGCUGCCCAACAACAAGAGCUGCAUUCCCAGAAAACCUAUUUCACACGUUCGACAGCUAGUUUUUGUUUGAAAAUGAAUGAAUGAAUGAAUAGCUUGAAAUGUGUUAUUUUUAUAUAACAGGGAAAAUUGAAAAAGAAACAAUAAAAUUAUAUCUAAUAUAUAUAAUUUAUUGCUGUUAUAUUUCAGAAACCCCUUUCCAUUGUUCAAGAAAAAAAUCAAAUCUUUAAAUGUUAAGUGUUACUGUUUAAAUUAUCGAUGACAAUUUGUGAAAAACAGAAUUGAGUUUGACUGGAUUUCACUUAAGAAUGCUGUGGUUUAUUUCAUGACAUAACUUCUCUCAUACUGUACAAGAAGAGACGUGUCUUUAAAAGCAAAAAAUCCUCAACACACAAAUGUCCUCUGAGUGCCAUAAUCACUUUUGAACGAAUGAAUCUUUGCAAAUAUUGAGCAGACCCUUUAAAUUCUACUGAUCUCAUCCUGGAGCUGCAUUUUUUUUUUUUAACAGUUUGUCAUUUGUAGCUGGGCUAUAUUAAUGUCAUGAGCAUGAAACCCACCAUUAAUUUGUAAUGGUUUUCUAUUCAGUGGAGUCAAAAAAUCACUUCUGUUUUGUGCCGUCUCUACAUUGUUGUUGUUGGACAAAAAGAAAAAAAAACCUCUACUACCUUCUAGCCAUUUGGUGCUAAAUAGCAUUAACGUUUGUCUUUUAUUGGAAACCUUACUCAUUGACAUACUACUGCUUUAUGUGCAGAAUACACUUCUUGUGCUCAUACCUGUUUGUGGCCACAAAACAUGUAAAUGAAAUCAAGAGCUCUACCUAGCCACACACUCAGGAGAUGUCAUAUGUGAUGUCCUUUUGAUUUGACGACUGACGGGAUGCUAAAUUGUCUUGAUUUGCUGAAUGUUAAGAGGUUUUUAAAAAGUCACGUCAUAUAAAUUGUUUUGCCCACAGCAGACCUUUAAAAUAUAUUAAUUGUUGCAUGUGUCCAUAUGUGCUUUUGUUUUGAAAGGGAAGUGAAUGAGAUGAACUUAAAGCCUGCAACACAGUCCCAUCAGUGAUUUUCUUUUUAUUGUAAGGGGGGGGGGGUUGUUUUCUACAAUUUAAAAAUGAAAUUCUUGAAUGUUUUCAAAAGAUGCUGCCUGUCUAGCAAUCUCUAUGACCGUGGACUGUUCUUAACGUUUGCAUACACUAAAAAGAAAAAAAAAAGUCAUAAAUGAAUUGUUCAUUUUCAUUCUUUUAUGUGGACUAAUGUGUAUGCAAAGUGAAAAGUGUCCUCAGAUGGUGCUUUGUACAGUAAUACGAUAUUGUUCAUAUAUGUGGAUCAAACAACCUGUAAUUUAUCUUUAACUUAAGUAGAAGAAGAUUUUUUUUUCUUGAAAUUAAAAGAGGAAUUGCACACAAACAGAACGAGGCUGCCAUGUGUACUCGAUGGUGACCUCUGUAACAGAUAUUCAUUCGCCUUUAAGUCCAGUGCACAAGCUGAUCACCCUACUGUCUGUUCCUACACUACAUCACUCAGCUUUGCCCCGUAGCUGCCUCUCUUUGAAGAACUGAACUUUCUAUGAAACGAAGUUGAGAGAUGCCACCUUUUGUUUUGUUUUUUUGUUGUUUUUUUUUCCAAUAGCAUGAUCCACUAGCGGGACUAUAUCUCUCAUAGCUGACUGAUGCAAUUUGAUGUAUGUUAACACUAUCAUUUUGUAAGAGUAUUUUAUUUUUGUGUGUAAUUAGUUCUAAUUAAACUUGCCUUUGUCUAACAAUGUAAGGCCUUGUACAAGA